AUGCAGCUUGGCUUCUCUUUCGUUUUGCUUGGCCUAGCCUCUUCGGCUUUGGCAGAUUGGCACCUCGAUUUGUUCCAGGACAAGGACUGCACACAGGGCAUCCAAUCCAAGACCGGCGACGAGCACAAGAGUGCCUCGGGUGAUUUUGACUCCUCGGUCCAGUGCGUCCGAGCGGCAAUCUACGACCAAAACCUCGGUAAACUCGACAUCAGGUGCGAUUCCAUGGGCAAGAACCUCGGGGUGGGAGAAACCUUUUGGCUUGCCGCCUCAUAUGGCAAGUGCGGUUGGGAUUGGACGAGCCACUAA